ACUGCUCGUCAUCGCAUCGUUGAAAAGCGGACCCAUCAGUAAACACUUCCGUGCUUCAAAUUUAAUUUUCGCUCCCUCUUCAUCCGAACGUAGCUUGCUCUGUCGCCGUGUCGUCAAUUUUUUUUUUAACAGUUUGUUCGUUGAAACAAAAAAUCCGUGUAGGAAGUUGAGACCUUAAGGUUACUUCAUUCACUCCAUGGCGACUACUUGCCUCCUACAAGCCGAUAACUAAUCGAUUUCCCGGGAUUUCUUGUUUCAUUGUUUUAUCAUAUCAACACUUUCAAUGAACUGAAACUUAUGAUUGAUAGAUGGGUGGAAUAUGAUAACACGUGAAAUUUCGAUAAGUUAAUAUUUCGCGCGAAGUGAUCAUCACGAGAGUUAAUAUCUGUCGAUCAAUGUGUGCACCUCAGCUGCCCUAGCUUUCGUCACGACAUGCACGAGUGAUAACAUUCCAGAGAUUUGGCGAAGACUCGGAAGUAACAUCUUUUUGAGAGGGGCGCAUAUCGAUCUGCAGACUGUAUUAAGAAUGAAAUUUAGCCAAGCGUUGGAGAAAACCGAGGAAUUUGACAAAAAGGAAGAAGAAGUGGAAACUUGUUGAAGCAGGAGGUAUUGACAUCUUUGAGUAAAUUUAAACUACAAGUGAUGGGUGACCAGUGGAUUACAGAUGUAGAUGCGGUUUGUUUCGAGAAAAGCUAUGAUAUCUACAACCUUUCGGUGAAAUAUACCGAAGAGAAUCUAGUCAAGGACCAAGUCGAGAUCAUCAUCAAGUCCUACGUCCUGCCAUGUGUACUGGCCUUUGGCCUCUUUGGGAAUCUACUAUUCCUCUUUGUAGUAGCUCGCGUCCGAUCAAUGCGCACCAUCACCAACAUGUACCUGACCAACUUGGCAAUCGCUGACCUGUUCUAUUUGUCCGUAGGGGUCGGGGAGAAACUCUGGCGGUACCACAUAUCCCCAGUGAAAGACGAUCGCACUCCUUUUGGCAACAUCGGCUGCGUCUUCUUCCCGUUCGUUGUCGAUACCACCUACACCGCUUCGGUGUUGUUGGUUACCAUGGUAACAGUGGAACGAUAUUACGCCAUUUGUAAGCCUUUUUGGCAUCGUCGGAUGGCGACGCGGAAGCGAACGAUAAAACUCAUCGUCGCGACGUGGAUAGUCAGCCUCUGUUUAGCCGCCAUGUUGAUACCCGGACAUUAUCCAAUGGUUUAUAGAUGUUUGAUAUACCCAGAUGAUCCGAAAUACGAUGGUUACCCUUCACUUAAUGGUUACUGCAGUGCCGUCAAACCAUGGCUCAUUCACUUGGUAAAUGGAUGCCAGAAUAUCCCGUUCUUUAUCGCCAUGAUCGUAAGCUCUUUCCUGUACACGCUCAUCAUCAAAAGCCUACACGCGCGCGUCAAAACCGAUAUCGCUCUCAACUCUGAUCGAUACCAGCUCACCCAGGUGCGCAAUUCCGUCACCAAAAUGCUUCUCGUUACCGGCAUACUGUUUUUCCUUUGUCUGUUUCCGUACCAACUUUGCACCUUUUCUCUGAUGGUCGCAGGUAUAAUCAGUGAUGAUGCUUACAGAAAAGUAAAUGAUGUCGUAGAGCCAUUCUGGCCAAUUUUGCAGACGAUGAUGUAUGUGAACUCUGCGAUGAAUGCGUACGUCUACGGUAUUACGAAUGCGCGUUAUCGGCAAGCCCUGAUCAAGACGUUCGAUUGUGCCUGUGAGAAGCAAAAGAUGAUUAUGUCAUCGAUAUCCAUGAAGUCUUCGACUCAGACCAUCGCAGAAAAUUUGGACAAAGCAUAGAAGCAGAGGGUUUACAAAGGAAUAACAAAGUUAAAGUGGAAGUACAUUAAGCUAGUUUCUGAUGCUAAAAAUUAGAAACUUUACUCUUGUAGGUUUUGGGAAUAUCCAUCAAAGAAUGAUUGAGUCAGAAAUUUGAUCAAGGGCCAUUUUCUCAAUUAAAAAAAAUUAAAUUUGCUUGUGCUCUGUCGUUAAUGUCUAAUUACACAUGAAAGCGUAUUUUAAUCAUGCAACUGCGAAAAAAGAAGAAGAUAUUUUAUCUUUCUUAGCAAUUGCUCAUGAAGACUUAAUGGGCAGCCAUAUGGGCUAAAAAUAAUAAAAAUAAUAAUUAUCCCAACAAAACUUACCAUUUUACUAGGCCUAUACAUUUGAAAAUUACAAAUAAAAACAAUAAAUUUGGCCAAUUCCAUUCGUUUCAUCAAUUAUUUUCACAUUCAUUAAUAUGACCCUAAUGGCUGCCUACUAUAAGUUGAAUUCAAGUAAUAGCUAAUUAAACUCCAAAUGAGUAGGCCUAUGCAUGUGAAAGCAAUUUUCAACAAAAUGAAGAAUAGCCAAUGUCAAAGAUAUUUUUCAGACACUUUUGUUUAAAUCAUAUGUUAUUUCCUCCUAAGACGAAUAUUGCCUGAGCCGAACAUGUUUCUUUGGAGAUGUGAUUUACCUGUAUGUAUAUUUUUGUUGAAAGUACAUUAUAGCGAAAAAAAUAUGAAGAAAUUAAUUUAUGUACAUUAUAGC